CCUCAUUAUUUCCUUAAUACCAAGCUGUUCCACUGAGAGGCAUCAUCCUGGCCGGCACCAUUCCAGCCAAAGGGGAGGAGGACUUCCUGACACUGGCCGCAUCGCGGCUUAGUCGCAGGAAACGUGUCAUUGGUGCUGGCGUAGGUGUGGCAAUGGUUCUAAUACUGUUGGUAGCCAUUCCCCUACUGGUCCACACAACCAAAGGAGGGAAUGCUGGAAACACAGGGAGCCAUUAUGAAAUGCUCGGAAGCUGCCGGAUGGUAUGUGACCCCUAUACCACCUCUCAGCCGGGCCAAGAGCUCACAGCCGUGUCCCCACCGCCCCAGGAUUACUCUGGGAAGAAGAUCAAGUCCGCCCUCCGUGGGCCUCCAGGGGUGCCCGGUCCUCCCGGAGCACGAGGACCCCCCGGUGAGCCAGGCAAACCAGGUCCACAGGGGCCUCCAGGUCCAGGUCCCGGCGGCUACUCACCCUCGCUGUACACUCCCAAGAUCGCCUUUUACGCAGGGCUACGCAAGCAGCACGAAGGGAGUGAAAUACUCAAGUUUGAUGACGUGGUUACGAAUGUGGGCAACUACUAUGAGCCCUCCACGGGCAAGUUCACCUGCCCUCUGCCUGGCAUCUACUUCUUCACCUACCAUGUUCUAAUGAGAGGAGGUGACGGGACCAGCAUGUGGGCAGACCUGAGGAAGAACGGACAGGUGAGAGCCAGCGCCAUCGCUCAGGACGCUGAUCAGAAUUACGACUACGCUUCCAACAGUGUGAUCCUGCAUCUGGACGUGGGUGAUGAGGUGUGUGUGCAGCUGGACGGAGGCAAGGUCCACGGAGGGAACACAAACAAGUACAGCACCUUUUCCGGCUUCCUCAUCUACCCAGACUAAAUCUGAUCGUUACUGUACACCGGGAGAGCGGUGGAUAAGAAGAACACCAGUGUCCACAAAGAUUUAUUCCCACGUACACCUCAGAUUCACAGACAUGUACCACAGAAUACACACACAAACUACAAACACCCUGAGAGUCCAAUUAGCAGAAGUUUGAAGAACGAAAGCGAAAAAGUGGAACUAAAGUAGAAAUUUGUCAGUUUUUAACGCAGAGUUCUGUGUUUAAGGGGCAAUGGAUCUGGUUCAGUGGAAACCAAAAAAACAAAAAAACCUUCACAUUUGGUCCAGUAGACACCACGUUGUUUUAGCUGUUGGACAAUGUAGUCAAGCUGUUACGCAGCAAAUCUGUUUGGACAGACAGUGAGUCUGCGCUUCUGUCGUACAAUAUAAUUACAAAUGCUACGCAACAUUAAACUGCUAGGACACUGUGUUUACACUUUGAGUUAUUUGUUGCAAAAU